AUGUUGAAGAAUUGCAGUAGGUUUUACAGUGCUGUUGCAAAGAGCAACAAGCAGUUGCUAGACGAGUUUUACCAGUACCACACAACUAGGAUGAAUCUGAGACCUUUAAUCUACCGUCCCAAGAAUGCGACACUGCUGCGUAGUAUGGAUCUGAAGGAUCCAGAGACCAAUAAACCUAUCCAACCCCGUGAGCCUAUGAAGCCAUUAAAGAAGCAGGUGCUGAACAACUAUGUACAGGAGAUACCUCAAGGUUCUAAAGAAUUAAUGGAUUUCUUACAGAAGUGGUUUAAAGUCUCCAACAGGAAGAGGGAACUCUUUGCGUUUUUGGAGGGUUCUCAUUUACAAGUGAUGCUAGCUGCAUCUUUGUUCAGAAUCGGUCAUUAUAGCCAUGUACUGGGUUUGUUACACAGUUACCAGAGCAAAGUUGUUGGCACUGGAAAUACCAAGGCUUACGACCAGGACAGAUUUUUCAACACAGUAUUGAUGUGUAGUCUACUAAGGAACGACUUAAAGGACUUGAAGGAUGCCGAGAUCGGUCUGAAGAAACUAAAAGUGAAUUGGGGGAAAGUUACUGAAAAGAAUGAUACUCUGGGAUUGACACAACCGCUGUUGGAAGCAUAUGCCAAUCAGCAAGGCAUCUCUAAGGAAGAUCUAGUGUUGAAAGGAAGAGAAACCAUCUCUAACAUCAACUUGCCAAGCAUUGGCGAUGAAAGCCGUUUUUCUCGCCUGGUUACUUUCAUCACUGAGAAUAAAUACACAUAUUUCCUAGCCAGAACAAUCCAGAAAUUCUCAGAGAGUUGCCCAAGUGAGAUAGAAACUUUUAUCAACGAAUACAAGAACGCAUUGACCACUUUGAAAAAAGAUGAUGAGUACGAUUGGAGUGUACAGAACAUGACUGAAGUAAAUAAAAUUCCAGAAGAGACUAAACAAGAAAGGGAAACCCAGGAGGAGACCCAGGAGCAAUAA